CGGACUGCGGUAAUACCCCAGAAGAAGCAGUUGCUGAUGAUCCAGAGGUCUAAGAAGAAUAAUCGUGUUUUUGCUGGAAUGGUUCGUUCAAAAGGUCGGAGUGACGACACCAUCACAAGACGAGAAGGAAUGCUCAGCAGCAGCUCCAGAAGGCAGAGUGGCGAUACGCCUUUGAAGUCAGGUUUCACAAGAGGCAAACUAAAGCGACUCUUCCCUAAACCCCUCUGCGCACGGCCAAAAGGCCAUGUUCUGUCACCUAUAAAUGAGUCAACAUGCACUGAUCACAGUACAUCCCAUUAUGUGUGCCUCAACAGAUCUGUCUUGUCAAAUGCUCCCUGGAUGAACAGAAUGCUGGAAUCAAAUGGAACUGAGAGCACAAUACAUUAUAGCACAGAAGACGGUUCAAUUUCACAAGUGGGUGUUUCCUCCCUCCUGUUGGAUUGUGAUGAGACUGACUCUGCUGACAUCUCCAGCGAUACUAGCUCCAGCAGUCUGCCCUCACCUGAGCAGUUCUGCAGAGAGAAAGUCUAUGAAGAGAUAGUGGCCUUCCCCAGUGAGGAGAUGUUGGACCUGAAUGUAAAGAACUCCACUCUCCUAGAUGUCAGCCAUGCUGAGGACAUCCACAUGCAGCAGCCUCCUAACCUGUCCUCCAUCAUUGACAUUUCCCAAAUGAAUGAUGGAAAAGAUCAGGAAAAAAGCCGUUUAGCGCAACCCAUUAAAAGCACAUAUUCAGACAAGCUGUUCAAUGCCUAUGUGUCCGUUGAAAGCACCCCCCUAGCUGGAGGAGUAACUGUGCCCUCAGUCCCCAAGAAAACACAAAGGCCAGUGACUAUUAGACCCAGGAAGAUCAAAUGCAGGAAGAGAGUAAAAUUUAGUGACUCUGUUACCACUGAGAAGAUGGUAGUGAACAAUGUGGAGCCUGUCAGUGACCACACGAUCAGUGAGAGGACCAGAGACACAUUAGACAACAGAGAAACUGCUGACCCUGAAGUAGUCCCUCAAGUCCUGAAAAGACCCACACAUCACUCACCAGAGCAAGCCAAGUUCUUUGACUUUGCAGAUGAGAAAGAAAGAGACACCUUCUUUCAAAAGUUGAGGCAGAGGUACUCCUCCGUUAGGGUAAGCAUCCUCUCUGAAUGGUCAGUCUUUGGAUGAUUGCAGAUGCCAUGUAUCAGGAAUUUGCUCUCAUAGUAUGUUGUUUGACUGACCAUGUCCGGGUACUUUUCGUCACCAGAGUAUAUUCGCCAAUGUUGGUGGGCGUUCGACAGAUACAUUUGAAGAUGAGGGUAAUGUUUGUUCAAAGAUAUAAGUACCAAGUAGUUAAAGGGCUGAACCAUCUGUGCAAAGUGUACCACUUCCAGUCCUCCAGGAAGUAAAGCUACCA